UCCAUUCAAAGGAGGGAGGGAAGGAAGGAAGGAAGGAAGCACGCACUUUAAGAAAACUAAAGUAGAGAAUUGGAGAUUUCCAAAACUGAUCCUUUCCUCUUUCUUCCAAGCAAAACCACAAACACACAAACAUCAUUAUUACCAUCACACUGAUAGUGAUAGAUACUCCCUAUUUUUAUUUUAAAUUCAAAACUUUCCACCGAAAUUUCAGGUAACUUAAAUAGACAGGCAAAUCAGAUAUAGAGAGCGAACAAAUUAAGAGACAAAGAGGGAGGAACCUGCCAACAAUGGCGGCGUUGCAGAAAUUCAAGCUUCUAGCAACACAAUGCGGCGUUGCACAGAGUCCAACACGAAGCCCGAGAACGAGUCCAGUUGUCCACCUCCCCCAGCGUCGUAAAACCACACUCCGGAUGCUCCUCGGACGCCGCUCUCCUCGUCGCCAGGAGCCACAGCUACCGCCGAUUCACCCGGUGGCGCCGUUGCCGGAGAGAAAGAGAGACACUUUGAAGGACUUGUUUAUAUCUUCGGCGAUGUCGUUUGAUGAUGAAUUAGAAGAGGGAAAGAGAGGGAAAGAGAUGCAAGAUGUGAUUGGAGGAUUUGGAGGUAAGUGUGACGUGUAUAGGAUGAAAGUUAACGGUUUAGGAGAUGGACCGGGUUCGCCUAGACCCGGUUGGAUCGGGCUUAGACACCGGUCUAUUUUGAGGAGAGCUUGGCGGCCUAUGCUUGUUGCUAUCCCGGAGACUGAAGAACUUCAAUGUUAAUUUGAUUUUAACUGCCAUGUCAGGGGUUUUCUACUGUUACUGAAGUGCUAGUAAAUAAUUUUGGUAUUAAUCCAAUUUUUUUGGGUUAAAAAAAAAAGAAAAAAAGAGAGAGAAAGAGAGUGUUUCUAUUUGCCGAUAUGAGUUAGGGAUGUAGAGGGGUAAUUUGAUUUAACUAUGCAAAUGAAAUACUGAAUUUCUCAAAUUCAGUUAUGAUUACAGUUAA